AUGGGUAUCCAUCUCCUCAGCAGCUGCCAAGGCGCUAGCGCCACUGCUCGUGUUAGCAUUCAUCUCCCUCAUGAUCCACGGAGGCUGGUGCUGCUCAGGCGUCCCAAGAACAAGAUCGCAUGUUCUCGUGGCAGAAUUGUUGGUGCGUCGGCGCCGGCUCUCCCGCCGGGGCCUGUGCCGUGGCCGGUAGUGGGGAACCUUCCCGAGAUGUUACUCAGCAAGCCGGCAUUCCGGUGGAUCCAUCGGAUGAUGGAGGACAUGGGCACCGACAUCACCUGCGUUCGCCUCGGCAGCGUGCACGUCAUCGCCAUCACCUGCCCCAGCAUCGCCCGCGAGGUACUCAGGACGCAGGACGCCAACUUCGCCUCCCGCCCGCUCACCUUCGCCUCCGGCACCAUCAGCGGCGGGUACAAGGACGCCGUGCUCUCGCCCUUCGGCGACCAGUGGAAGAAGAUGCGCCGCGUGCUCACCUCGGAGAUCGUCUGCCCGUCCCGCCACCGGUGGCUCCACGACCGCCGCGCCGACGAGGCCGACAACCUCAGCCGCUACGUCCACACCCUCGCCACCGGGUCUGCGUCUGGCGUGGACGUGAGGCACGUGGCGAGGCACUACUGCGGCAACGUCAUCCGCCGGCUAGUCUUCGGCCGGCGGUACUUCGGCGAGCCUCGGCCGGACGGUGGGCCGGGCCUGAUGGAGGAGGAGCACAUGGACGCCGUGUUUACGUCCCUCGGGCUCCUCUUCGCGUUCUGCGUCUCAGACUACCUCCCGUGGCUGCGCGGUCUCGACCUGGAUGGCCACGAGAAGGCGGUCAAGGAGGCGAACACGACGGUGAACCGGCUCCACGACACAGUCAUCGACGAGCGAUGGAGGCAGUGGAAGUCCGGCGAGAGGAGGGAGCUCGACGACUUCCUCGACGUGCUCAUCACGCUCAAAGACGCUCAGGGGAAGCCGGCGCUCACCAUCGAAGAGGUCAAAGCGCACUCGCUGGACAUAAUAUUAGCGGCCACCGACAAUCCGUCGAAUGCGGUGGAGUGGGCGCUGGCGGAGAUGGCGAAUGCACCGGAGGUGAUGGCAAAGGCGGUGGAGGAGAUGGACCGGGUGGUGGGCCGAGAGCGGCUGGUGCAGGAAUCGGACAUCCCGCAACUCAACUAUGCCAAGGCGUGCAUCCGCGAGGCGUUUCGGCUGCAUCCCGUCGCCCCCUUCAAUCUGCCGCACGUUGCGCUUGACGACACUACUGUUGCCGGCUACCACGUGCCCAAGGGCAGCCACGUCAUCCUCAGCCGCAUCGGGCUUGGUCGAAACCCGGUCAUCUGGGAGGAGCCACUUCUCUUCAAACCAGAGCGCCACAUUAAUAUGGCUGAAGGCGGCGAUGUGGUGCUCACUGAGAAUGAAUUGCGGUUCAUCUCCUUCAGCACCGGCCGCCGUGGGUGCAUCGCAUCAUCGCUAGGGACGGACAUGUGCAUGAUGCUCUUCGGGCGGCUAAUCCAAGGGUUUACUUGGAGCAAGCCGCAGGGGGUAGCAGCCAUCAAUCUCAGCGAGUCGGAGCAUGAUUUAUUCCUAACCAAGCCGUUGGUGCUCCACGCAGAGCCGCGCCUGCCGGUGCACCUCUACUCUGCCACUGACAUCUAA